UGGUUCACUUUAGGUGGAAAACAGUGCAUUGAGUACUGUAUUUCUUUUAACUACCCUUUUAUCCCCUUUACAAUAUAAUAAACAAUUUUUUAGCAGUACAUGCUCAACAAUUAUUAACUGUUUUAUAACAGUUUCUAACCUAUUUUUAGCAAUGGCCAUGGCUGUUCCCAUCUGCAGGACAGGAGCAUGUGGCACUGCCUCAGCUGCACGAGGGCUCGGGAUCUUUUUUUUUUUUUUUAAAAAAAAAAACAAACUUGCAGACCCGAACACCUUCAAAAUAAGCAAGGACUGAGCGCCACGUGAGGAAUUAACGCAGCUCCGUGGUUUGCGAUUAACACUGGCCAUGGAUGCGAGCGCUCCACACGCACCGCACGAAGCGACAGCGCGGUUUGGAGGCGCAGCCUCGGUAGGGAGGGAGCGGAGCUGGUGCCUCGGCAUUUCCCCGCACCCAGCCGAGGGCGGCUGCGUCCCUGUGCGGGACCGGGCCGCGAGCGGCACCGGCCCCGCGCAGCCAAUGGGUGCGGGCUCUGGCGGCGGGGGCGGGGCGCCGACAUGGCGGAUCUGAGCGGCGGCAGCGAGGCCGUGGCCGUGGCGCUGUGGCCGCCCGGGGAGGCCCCGCCGGCCUUCCAGUACAGCCCCGACAGCGUGGCCGGAGCCGACGGAGAGCUGGACCCCACUGAAGUCACCUUCCCGGGCUGCUCGUGCCGCAGCAGCUCCUGCGCGGCUGCCGAGUGCCCCUGCCUGAGCCGCGGGCACAACUGCAGCAGCCCGCGCCUCGGGCUGCCAGAGCAGCACGAGCAGCCCUUCUCCAGGCCCGUGUUUGAGUGCAACAGCCUGUGCUGCUGUGGGGAGGGCUGCCAGAACAGGCUGGUGCAGCGGGGGCUGCAGCUGCGGCUGCAGGUGUUCCGCACGCAGAGGAAGGGCUGGGGGGUGCGCGCGCUGGAGCCCGUCCCCAGGGGCAGCUUCGUGUGCGAGUAUGCUGGGGAGGUGCUGGGCUUUGCUGAGGCCCAGAGGAGGAUCCAGGCCCAGAGCCCACAGGAGCCAAACUACAUCAUAGCAGUGAGGGAGCACCUGCACGACGGGCGGGUCAUGGAGACCUUCGUGGAUCCCACCCGCAUCGGGAACGUGGGCAGGUUCCUGAACCACUCCUGUGAACCCAAUCUCUUCAUGGUGCCAGUGAGAGUUGACUCCAUGGUGCCCAAACUGGCGCUUUUUGCAGCCGCUGAUAUUUCUGCUGGAGAGGAACUUUCAUACGAUUACUCUGGAAGAUUCCAUAAUUCACCAGGAGCCAGCAGAGAACACAAACCUCUGGAGGAAGAGAACAGCCUGAGAAAACCUUGCUACUGUGGUUCCCGCACGUGUGCUUCCUUCUUACCUUGGGACAGCUCCCUCUUUUCCACACCAGCCAGUUCUCCGUAGCCUUUCAGCCUUAAACACACCUAAAAAUACUGAUUUCUCUAGCAGUUAAAUCAAACUCAUUCUGUUCCAACAAGGAAGCACAUGUGGCUUUGAAGAGCAGCAGAGACAUGGUUUCGAGGACUAAUUUCAUGGAAAAACCUUUUCAAGGUGGAUAGUACAAAGGAAUAUUGGAGCUUCAAGAUGCUCCAGUCUUGAAAAUCAGUGAGUAAGCCAGGCCUGGUGUUUUUGUCUGGUUUUCCUCUGACAGCUUGCUGUAUGUUAAAGCAGCUCUCUCAGUUUGUACCCUUCAGAAAGAAUUUGUACCUUUGGCACUUGUACGUGGACAGGACACGAUAGCAGCAAGCAAAGUCACUGACAGUGGCACAAGAAAAUAACACCAUGAACCACAACUCUUGCAAGAAAGGCAUUAGGUUCUUAAAAUCCAUUAAAUUAUUGUUUUUAAACUA